AGUAUAAUUUUCACUGUUGAUUCGUUCGGUUGCAAAUUGGUUUUAAAAAAGCGAAAAGAAGGCAUUCUGGAAAAAAUACUUUUAUUUAAUCGGAAAAUAGGAAAAAGAAUUUGUCACGAAAAGAAGAGAAAAGAAAAUUGAGCGCGGCGGUCCACCGGAUGAAAAUUAUAUUGUCACCGAAACAAACGAGAACGUUCGUGAAAAUUAAACGAAAUUAAUUUUGGAUGGAAACGCGACGAAGUUUUUGUAAAGUUUAGAUAAAGAAAAAUUGAUUUUUCUUCUAUUCUUACCGCUUCUAUUUUCUCCGUGAAUUUUCGGAAUUCUUGCUCAACUUAUUGAGCGUCUGAUUUAGCAGCACGUAAUGCUGUGUGCCAUUUAAUCAAAAUUAGCGUGUUUUAUAAUAACAUCUGGUCCAUUAAGGUAUUCUCAGUAGAGAAAAGUGAUAAGUUUUUUAAGAAGAAAAGAAUAAAGAAGCUGUGAAAGGAUAUUUAACCGAGAAUUGGAUAUUUUUUGCAACUGAAAAAGCGCAUCAGGGUUCAAGAUUAGAGACUUUCAAAAGUCCACGUGCAGGUGAACGACAGAAAAUUUUACACACAGACACACUUUCACGAGAAACAUUUGAAAGCAAGAUUUUCCCGCCCCUAAGUCAAUAAUUCUCGAAUCGUCAAGAAACAAAGUUAAGAAAAACAAAAAGUAAAAGCCAAGCAACAAACAUGUCAACCGUCGACAAAGAAGAGCUCGUUCAAAAGGCAAAACUCGCCGAACAGUCUGAGAGAUACGAUGAUAUGGCUCAAGCCAUGAAGUCUGUCACAGAAACAGGCGUUGAACUGUCAAAUGAAGAACGAAAUUUACUGUCAGUUGCUUACAAAAAUGUAGUCGGUGCCCGAAGAUCAUCAUGGCGUGUAAUUUCAUCAAUUGAACAAAAAACGGAAUCCUCAGCUCGAAAACAACAGUUGGCACGUGAAUACAGAGAGCGCGUCGAAAAGGAGCUUAGGGAAAUUUGUUACGAAGUGCUGGGACUCUUGGACAAAUUCCUUAUUCCCAAAGCCAGUAAUCCAGAAAGCAAAGUCUUCUACUUGAAAAUGAAGGGCGAUUAUUACAGAUAUUUGGCUGAGGUUGCAACCGGCGAAACUCGCAACACCGUAGUAGAUGACUCCCAAGCCGCAUACCAAGAUGCCUUUGAAAUUAGUAAAGGCAAAAUGCAGCCCACACAUCCUAUUCGAUUGGGUUUGGCACUGAACUUCUCAGUCUUCUACUAUGAGAUACUGAAUUCACCCGACAAAGCUUGUCAAUUGGCGAAGCAGGCUUUCGAUGACGCCAUCGCAGAACUCGACACACUGAACGAGGACUCAUACAAAGACUCAACACUCAUCAUGCAGCUGUUGAGAGACAACCUUACGUUAUGGACGUCAGACACGCAGGGUGAUGGCGACGAAGCACCAGUCGGCGACGAGAAUUAACCAAACUAAAAGCUUAAAAACUUUUUCGAGAUGAACCAUCAACUAAACAAAACAAAAAAUUAAAAAAUUUGCGCAGAGAAUGAAAAAAAAAAACUAAUUUGUAGUAACGGGAAAAACCAAAAAAAAAUCUUUUUUGAGAGAGAAAACUCAAAACAGUUUCAUCGGAUAACAAUGUUUUAAUUCUUUUAAAUAAUGCGCGCCGGAGUCUUUUUUACAUAAAAUUGUAUUUUUUCUCUUUUUUUCCUUACAUGUUCAUUUAUUUAUAAUGAACGGUUCAUUUCAUAAUAAUUAAUUUAUUAUUAUUUGUUCUUGUCAUCUCCCAAAAAACAAAACGACAAAAUGUAAUCUUAAAUAACUAUAAACAAAUUUUUAAGUUUUUUUUCUUAUAAUUAUUCCGAACAGUUGUUUCUGCUUCAUUGGCGCAUCUUGAAACGAUGUCGAUAAUUCUUUAAAGAAAAAAAGUUUCAUUUCAUUGUUUUCAAGGAAAGAAAAAAAGAUGACUUUCAAGAAAUUUCAGCAAACUUUUAUUCAACCUUUUCUUUUUUAGCAUCCGAAUGAUAGUCAUUUGUAUAUUUUGUUGAACAAUUUAUUUUUUUUUUGCUUUUGGAUUUUUUUUAUUUGUCAUUUUGAAAAAAUAAAAGCUACACACAUUACACAAACACAAUAAUUGAGUUCGUGUGGUUUUUCCUUGUAGCAAGUGAACAGUUUUUGGGAAGAUGUGAAGCCGCAUGGUACUCAAUUAAAUUUGAUUUCGUUAUUUCCUAUAUUUUUGCUUUUCUUCUUAUAAAUUUUUAUGCGCAGCUUUAACAGUUAUUCAAAAAAUGGAAUUAUUUAUCUAAAGAAAAUUUUCGUCGUCUGUCGAAUUGCUUUCUUUUGUGCUUUUCUCUCUCUCUUUCUCUUAGAUAGCGGGAACGAGGAAAAAAAUCGAAUUAAAUGUAAGAAAUAAAAAUUUUCUUAUUCUUAUACUCGUUCCCACAUCGAGAUUUCUCAUGCAGGAAAUUAAACCAAAAAAAAAAUUGCUUCAAAACUCAAAUAUUCAAUGAACGCAAAAAAUGAUUAAAACAAAUCAAGACGAACAUCAUAUGGAAAAAAAAUAUUACUCUUUUUCAUGAAAAGGAAGAUAUCGCAUAAAAGAUUUAAAAUAAUUAAACAUUUUGCAACUGACGCAGAAUUAAGAGGAAAAUUAUUUAUAUUUCUUAUUACCUUGUAAUACGUUGUCAUAUUUAUGGUUCGUCAUUAACAAGAAAAACACUCUAAAAUUUUUCUUGUUAAACGAUAAUCGAGAUUCCAUGAUUUCUUUUUUUAUAAAUUCCUUUACUACUUAUUGAUAUUUAAAUAUGAAUCUAAAUAUCCGAAUUAAUGGUUGAAAGUAUUAAAAGAAAAUCUUUUUUCUCACUCCCGCUUAAUAGCAGUCGAAAAACAAAAUAAUUAAUCCAUCGUCAUCUCUCAUUUCAGUUUUCAGAUUAAAACAUUUUGAAGAUAAAGCUAAUGCUUGGCGGUGGUGAAUUGUUUAUGUAAACAAGAUUACUUACUGCAUGUAUGAUGGAUUUAGUAAAAUAUUAUGCAAGAAAACAAUAUUCUGAUUUAUUCUAUUUACCUUUAUUCUCUCUCAAGCAAAAAUUUAGUCAAUCCUCGUAUUAAUCAAAGCAGAUGACGUCAAAAUAAAAAGAAACCUUUUUCAUCUUUUAUCACGAUUAUGACGAUGAUAAAUAAAAGAAAUAAAACUUGUAUUAAUGGAUGUGAAGAACCUUCAUGGAGAACCAAAUUAAUGUGUAAACAUGCCACCGUGAAUAUUAUUCCGAUCAACAUAAAUAAGAGUGGUUGAUGUUGAAUCAGCAAAAUGUUUACGUUCCCUCAUCUCAAUAGAUGGAUUAUUGGAUGAAAUCAUUAUAAAUGAAGAACAGGAAUAAUGUUUAAUAGUACGGAAUUGGAUUAUAUUGGAAUCUAUUUGUUGCAAAGUCAUUAUUGUACUCACAUACAUUGUGUUCCUUUUUCUCUCGAAAUUAUUAAAAAAUAUAUUUCGUCACAAGACUCUCCUUAAAUAUGUAAAAGAUGAUGAAAAAAUAAUGCCCAUGAUGGUCAAUGUCGAUAUGGAAAUAAUUAUAAGUUUAACUUUGUGAGAGCUGCAAAAAGUUUUUAUUGAAAUUGAAGAAGAAAGCUUUCCACAUGACAUCAGCAAACACAAAGUCACAUGCAGAGAAAAAGAUUAGACAUUUGCAGACUUCGAUUCAAAAAUUAUUCAGAAGUUUAAAAAAGCUUAAAAACAUCUCACUUUAUUUGUUUUUUGACGAUAUUAAAAAGAAAAAAUCGGAAAGUAAACAAUUUUUGUGUAUUUUGGAUGAAAAGUGAAAAAAUGCCAUUAAAGAAAACAAGUAAAAAAAAGAAAAUUUCCAA